UUCAAAGAAAUUAUACAUAUAAUAUAAUGGCCUUUUGCAAAGUUGGUAUCCUUUCUCUCCUCCUACUGUCUGGUAUAUUUCUGUUGGGAAUCGAGGUGAAAUAUGGAAAUGCACAAAAGAUGUGUCUCCAGGUUUGUGACGAUGAAGUUGCUUACAUGACUUGCCCUUCUUCAGGAGACGAGCAAAUUAGUCCUGUUUGCGUUAACUGUUGCACCGCGGGUGAAGGCUGUAAAUUAUUCCGCGCUGAUGGAUCAUUAAUUUGUACAGGAACCCCUGAGUAAUAUAUACUUUCUUCGUUUCAAAAUGUAAUGAUUAAAUGUUUAUUUUUCAUAUUCGUGUGUAAUAAGGCCUGAGUUAUUACUCUGGUGAUUUCUAAUGUAAUAUGUUCAUCCUGGCUUAUAAUAAUUUGUAUCUGCUUUUGAACAUU